AUGCUUAAAUUCGCGGUGAUCCUUUCGCUGGUGGCCAUCGCUGCGCACGCGCAGGAUGCGUCCCGGCCCAUCAUCAACACGAGCGGUGGCCAGAUCCAGGGCGUUACGUCGAGCUGCGGCCUGUUCUGCAGCUACUUCGCGUUCAACGGCAUCCCGUACGCGGAACCACCGGUAGGAGAUCUGCGAUUCCGCAAUCCACGCCCGCACGGUGGCUGGCAGGGUGUGAAGGAUGGCAGCGAGCACCGGGAGACGUGCCCAUCCGGAGGUUUCCUCGGUGGCGUAUCAGGCAGUGAGGAUUGUCUGUACCUGAACGUGUACACGCAGAACCUGAUCGGUUCGCGGCCAGUCAUGGUCUGGAUCCACGGUGGUUCCUUCACGGGUGGUUCCGGCAACUCGUGGAUCUACGGCCCGGACAACCUGGUACCGGAGGACGUCGUCAUCGUGACCAUCAACUACCGGUUGGGUAUUCUCGGGUUCUUCAGCACGGAUGACGUGCACGCGGCCGGCAACUGGGGCAUGAAGGAUUGCGUGAUGGCGCUGCAGUGGGUCCGGCAGAACAUUGCCGCCUUCGGUGGUGAUCCGAACAAUGUGACCAUCUUCGGUGAGAGCGCCGGAGGUGUUGCCGUGCACUACCUCGUGCUGUCGAACAAGGCGUCCGGAUUGUUCCACAAAGCAAUCGCUCAGUCUGGUACGGCUCUGGUUCCGUGGGGAUUCCAAUAUCAGCCGCGUGAGCUUGCCUACCGGCUGGCGGACAAGUUUGGGUACUCGCACGACAGCGCCCAGCUGAUACAGAGCCUGCGUAAUACACCGAUCGAGACGCUGAUUAACGCCCAGGACGGCUGGACGGACAUUGAUAUCCCGCGUGGCUUUAAACCGUUCGAUUUCGUGCCCAACGCGGAACCGGUCAACUCGCCCGAGGAAACCUUCCUUACGCAGCUGCCGAUCGACAUCAUCAACGCCGGUACGUUUAACCACGUGCCGUUCAUCGCGGGCUACAUGAGCAUGGAGAGCUUGUUCAUGGUGUACGAGCACACGAUCGACAGCACGGUUUGGGACGCGUUCACCAACAAUCCGGACUACUUUGUGCCGCAUUUCUGGAACAUCCCGCGUGGAUCGGCAUCGGCAGCCGCCGUCAGCCAGGGUCUGCGUAACGCGUACUGGCAGGAUCGGCCACUUAACGACAACAUUAUGCUCGAGUGGCUGACGUUCCACACGGACCAGCAGUUUAUCUACGCGAUCGACAAGACGGUGCGCCAGCACGCGCUACGUUCGACGGCCCCGACGUACUACUACCAGUUCAGCUUCGAUGGGGAUCUGAAUCUGGUCAAGCGGUUGCUGCUGCUCGGUAGCUGGCCGGGUGCGAUGCAUGCUGAUGAUAUCCCGUACCUGUGGUCGGUUACGGAUCUGACUAUCUCGCCCAUCCUGCCGACGAAUCAUGCCCGCACGGUUAGCAACCGGUUCGUGCGGAUGUUCACCAACUUUGCCCGGUUCGGCAACCCGACGCCGAAUGCGGUUGAUACGCUGCUGCAGAACACCCAGUGGCAGCCGGUGACCGGAACUGUGCACUACAUGGACAUUGGGCAUGACCUGACGACGGGCGUAAAUCCGAACGGACAGCGUACGUCGGUGUGGCAUGAUCUGGAGGCCCGUUAUGCCAACGAUCCGUUCCGCUUCCCGCGCAAGUAA